AUGCUCCCAACGAUUCUGUUGGCUUUUGCUGCAACACAAGUCCUUGCAGAUGGUGCCGCCAUCGUUUCUGCCAUCGACACUAUUUCAAGCGCCACCACAACCCUCAACGAUACUGUAACCGCCUUUCCAUCAAACCCACUCCUGGCGCUAGGCGAUGUCCUCCCUCUACUUACCGAUUCCACCGCUCUCCUCAACGACAUCAACUCAGCGACAAACACCGCUAAGAGCUCGGCAAACCUCUCAACCGCAGAAGCAUUCAAUGUUGCUGUAGCGACUCUUUCCUUGCAAUCCACGGUCGAGAGCGUGCUAGACAAUAUUGUCAGCGCAAAAUCAAGAUUUGACAAGUUGUUGAUUGUUAGUCCGGUAGUGUUACUGAAUCUGAAGUUGGAAAAGCAGGCCACGGAUAACUUCGCUGCGGCUGUUGUUAGCAAGGUGCCGGCGGCGUUGCAGAGCACGGCAGAGAGUUUGAUCACGCCGAUUGAUAAUGCAUUUACGGCAGCGAUCAGUGAUUAUGAGUAG